CCGCGCCGCGCCAGGAUGCCGUGCCGCGCCAGGAUGCCGUGCCGCGCAGUGUGGCGGCUGGCGCUGCUCGCUCUCUGCUUGGGGGCUGCAGCGGCAGGGGGUGGUGGCGGCGGCGGACAGCGCCGCGGAGGCGGUGGCAAGAGCCGGCGGCAGGCGCAGACCACCUCGGUACCUCAGGGCACUCCCGCGCAGGGAAAGCAGACGUGUUAUGACAAUGGAAGAUACUAUCAGAUAAACCAGCAGUGGGAGCGCAUUUAUCUGGGAAACACGCUGGUCUGUACCUGCUAUGGUGGAAGCAGAGGGUUUAACUGCGAAAGCAAGCCUGAACCUGAAGAAACUUGUUUUGACAAAUACACUGGAUCCACUUACCGAGUAGGGGAGACUUACGAGCGCCCCAAGGACUCCAUGAUCUGGGACUGUACUUGCAUUGGAGCUGGACGUGGGAGAAUCAGCUGCACCAUUGCCAAUCGCUGCCAUGAGGGCGGCCAGUCCUACAAGAUCGGCGAUACCUGGCGCCGGCCCCAUGAGACCGGUGGCUACAUGCUGGAGUGUGUGUGCCUGGGCAACGGGAAGGGCGAGUGGACCUGCAAGCCUGUGGCUGAGAGGUGCUACGACAACACAGCCGGGACAUCCUAUGUGGUCGGUGAGACCUGGGAGAAGCCCUACCAGGGCUGGAUGAUGGUGGACUGUACCUGCCUGGGGGAGGGCAGCGGCCGCAUCACCUGCACCUCCAGAAAUCGGUGCAAUGACCAUGACACCAAGACCUCCUACAGAAUUGGAGAUACUUGGAGCAAGAAGGAUAACCGUGGAAACUUGCUUCAGUGCAUCUGUACUGGUAAUGGCAGAGGUGAAUGGAAAUGUGAACGACACACAUCCCUGCAUACGACUAGCACUGGAUCUGGCUCUCCUAGCUUCACAAAUGUGCAGACUGCAUUGUACCAGCCCCAGCCUCAACAGCCCCAGCCUCAGCCAUAUGGCCAGUGCAUAACUGAUAAUGGAGUAGUGUACUCUGUGGGUAUGCAGUGGCUCAAGACACAGGGCAGCCAGCAAAUGCUUUGUACCUGCCUGGGCAAUGGAGUCAGCUGUCAGGAAAUAGCUGUGACCCAAACUUAUGGUGGCAAUUCUGAUGGAGAAGCCUGUGUUCUGCCCUUCACUUAUGAUGGAAGGACUUUCUACUCCUGCACCACCGAAGGCCGCACAGAUGGGCACCUCUGGUGCAGCACUACUUCCAACUUCGAGCAGGACAGGAGAUACUCCUUCUGUACUGAGCAGAACGUUUUGGUCCAGACACGUGGUGGCAAUUCCAAUGGUGCUCUGUGCCACUUUCCCUUCCUGUACAACAACCGCAACUACACUGACUGUACUUCUGAGGGACGGAGAGACAACAUGAAGUGGUGUGGAACCACUAAGAACUAUGAUGCUGACCAGAAAUUUGGGUUCUGCCCUAUGGCUGCCCAUGAAGAAAUCUGCACAACCAACGAUGGUGUCAUGUACCGUGUGGGAGACCAGUGGGAUAAACAGCACGAUAUGGGCCAUAUGAUGAGAUGUACUUGUGUAGGAAAUGGCCGUGGAGAAUGGACAUGCAUUGCCUAUUCACAACUCAGAGACCAGUGCAUUGUGGAUGGUAUUACCUAUGAUGUGAACCAGACCUUCCACAAGCGUCAUGAUGAGGGGCACAUGUUGAAUUGCACAUGCUUUGGCCAGGGCCGGGGGAGAUGGAAAUGUGAUCCUGUUGAUCAGUGCCAGGAUUCAGAGACCCGUACCUUUUACCAAAUUGGAGAUUCAUGGGAGAAGUAUGUCCAUGGUGUCAGAUACCAGUGCUAUUGCUAUGGUCGUGGUAUUGGAGAAUGGCAUUGCCAGCCUCUGCAGACCUACCCUGGGUCAUCUGGGCCUGUUCAGGUGAUCAUCACAGAGAGCACGAACCAGCCAAACUCUCACCCCAUCCAGUGGAAUGCUCCUGAACGAUCACACAUCACCAAGUACAUCUUGCGCUGGAGACCGAAAAACUCUGGAAGGCCAUGGAAGGAAGCCACUGUUCCUGGCUACCAGAACUCCUACACCAUCUCAGGCCUGAAGCCUGGUGUGAUAUAUGAAGGACAGCUCAUCAGUGUUCAGCAAUAUGGCCACAAAGAAGUUACCCGCUUUGAUUUUACCACAACCAGCACCACAGCAGUGACAAGCAACACUGUCUCGGGAGAGACAACUCUUCUUCCUCCUAUGGUUGCUACAUCAGAGUCAGUCACUGAAAUCACAUCCAACAGCUUUGUUGUCUCCUGGGUUUCUGCUUCUGACACAGUCUCUGGAUUUCGUGUUGAGUAUGAGCUGAGCGAAGAGGGUGAUGAGCCACAAUAUCUUGAUCUUCCAAGCACCGCUACUUCUGUCAACAUCCCUGACUUGCUCCCUGGUCGCAAGUAUAUUGUUAAUGUCUACCAGAUCUCUGAAGAAGGAGAGCAGAAUCUGAUCCUCUCUACUUCACAGACUACAGCUCCUGAUGCACCUCCUGAUCACACUGUGGAAAGUGUGGAUGACACAUCAAUUGUCAUUAGCUGGAGCAGACCACAGGCUCCAAUCACAGGCUACAGAAUUAUCUACACACCCUCUGUGGAAGGCAGCAGCACAGAGCUCAACCUGCCUGACACUGCAACCUCUGUAACACUCAGUGACUUGAUGCCAGGUGUUCAGUACAACAUCAGCAUCUACGCAGUGGAAGAAAAUCAGGAGAGUACUCCUAUCUUCAUCCAACAGGAAACCACAGGUGUCCCACGCGCAGAUGAAGUUCCUUCACCCAAAGAUCUACAGUUUGUGGAGGUUUCUGAUGUCAAGAUCACCAUCAUGUGGACCCCGCCACAGAGCCAAGUGUCUGGCUACCGAGUGGAAGUGAUCCCUGUCAAUCGCCCUGGCCAGCAUGGCCAGAGACUGCCUGUCACCAGGAGCUCUUUUGCUGAAGUCAUUGACUUGCUCCCAGGAACAACCUAUCUCUUUAAGAUCUUUGCGGUGAGCCAGGGCAGGGAGAGCAAACCUUUGACUGGACAGCAAACCACCAAGCUCGAUGCCCCCACCAACCUGAGAUUUCUCAAUACCACGGAGCAUUCAGUGUUAGUGUUGUGGAUGCGCCCCCGCGCUGUGAUCACAGGAUACCGGCUGACUGCAGGUCCCACAAGAGGAGGUCAGCCAAGGACCUACAAUGUAGGACCUUCUGCCACCAAGUACCUUCUCAGGAACUUGCAGCCUGGCACUGAGUACACCGUGUACCUUGUGGCAGUUAAAGAUGACUUGCAAAGUGCCAGAGAAACUGGAGUCUUCACAACUUAUCAGCCUGCUGGCUCUGUUCCUCCUUUUAACACAGAAGUGACUGAGACUUCUAUUGUCAUCACCUGGACACCUGCCCCAAGGAUUGGUUUCAAGCUGGGUGUACGCCCAAGCCAAGGUGGAGAGGCUCCUCGGGAAGUCAUCUCUGAUUCUGGCAGCAUUGUGAUAUCUGGCCUGACCCCUGGAGUGGAGUACACCUACAACCUCACAGUCCUGAUGGAUGGCCAGGAGAGAGAGACUCCUAUCAUCAGGAGAGUGACUACACCAUUGUCUCCACCAACCAACCUGCGCCUGGAGCCCAAUCCUGAUACUGGGAUCCUGAUAGUCUCUUGGGAUAGAAGCACAACUCCAGGCAUCAGUGGAUACCGAGUGACCACUUCUCCUACCAAUGGGCAGCAGGGCUCUACCUUGGAGGAAGUAGUAGGUGCAGAUCAGACCACCUGCACCUUUGAAAACCUAAACCCUGGUGUGGAGUACAAUGUCAGCGUUUACUCAGUCAAGGACGACCAGGAGAGUAUCCCCAUCUCUGAAACCAUCACACAAGAGGUGCCCCAACUCACUGACCUAAGCUUUGUUGACAUAACUGACUCCAGCAUCGGCCUGAGGUGGACCCCGUUAAAUGCCUCCACCAUUAUUGGCUACCGCAUCACAGUAGUUGCGGCAGGAGAGAGUGUCCCUAUUUUUGAAGACUUUGUGGACUCCUCAGUAGGAUACUACACAGUGACAGGCUUGGAGCCGGGCAUUGAUUACGACAUCAGUGUAAUCACACUCAUUAAUGGUGGAGAGAGCGCCCCUACCACUCUGACACAGCAAACGGCUGUGCCUCCUCCCACUGAUCUCCGCUUCACUAAUGUGGGGCCUGAUACUAUGAGAGUGACUUGGACUGCACCAACUUCCAUCGUGCUGAGCAGCUUCUUGGUGCGCUACUCACCUGUGAAGAAGGACGAAGAUGUUGCAGAGCUGACAAUUUCACCCUCAGAUAACAUGGUGAUCUUAACAAAUCUGCUUCCUGGUACUGAAUAUCUGGUCAGAGUCUACAGUGUUUCUGAGCAACAUGAAAGUGCACCUUUGUCUGGAAUCCAGAAAACAGCUCUUGAUUCCCCAACUGGCCUUGACUUCUCGGAUAUAACUGCUAACUCCUUCACCGUGCACUGGAUUGCUCCUCGUGCAACCAUUACAGGCUACAAAAUCCGGUAUCACCCAGAGCAUGGUGCUGGCAGACCCAAGGAGGACCGCGUGCCCCCCUCACGGAACUCCAUCACCCUUACAAACCUACUUCCAGGGACUGAGUAUGUGGUCAGCAUCAUUGCCAUCAAUGGCAGAGAGGAGAGCUUGCCCUUGGUCGGCCAACAAACGACAGUGUCUGAUGUUCCAAGGGACCUGGAAGUGACCCCCACCAGCCCAACCAGCCUUGUGAUUUCCUGGGAUGCUCCUGCAGUGACAGUCAGAUACUACCGGAUCACUUAUGGUGAAACAGGUGGAAGCAGCCCUGUGCAGGAAUUUACAGUGCCUGGCACUAUGUCUACUGCUACCAUCACUGGCCUCAAACCUGGUGUAGACUACACCAUCACCGUGUAUGCUGUAACUGGCCGUGGAGACAGCCCUGCCAGUAGCAAGCCAGUCACUGUCACCUACAAAACAGAAAUAGACACACCAUCCCAGAUGCAAGUUACAGACGUCCAGGACAACAGCAUCAGCAUCAGAUGGCUUCCUUCGACAUCCCCUGUCACAGGGUAUCGUGUGACAGCUGUCCCCAAGAAAGGACAUGGGCCCACAAAAACUAAAAAUGUCCCUGCAGAUCAAACACAAGUCACUAUUGAAGGUCUGCAGCCCACAGUUGAGUACAUGGUCAGUGUCUACGCUCAGAAUCAGAAUGGAGAGAGCCUCCCCUUGGUAGAGACAGCUGUCACCAACAUUGACCGCCCUAAAGGACUAACAUUCACUGAGGUGGAUGUUGAUUCCAUCAAAAUUGCUUGGGAAAGCCCACAGGGGCAAGUCACCAGGUACAGGGUGACCUACUCAAGCCCUGAGGAUGGAAUCCAUGAGCUAUUGCCGGCCCCAGGUGGCGAAGAAGACACUGCUGAGCUGCAUGGCCUCAGGCCAGGUUCUGAGUACACUAUCAAUAUCGUUGCCAUAUACGAUGACAUGGAGAGCCUGCCCCUCACUGGGACCCAGUCCACAGCAAUUCCACCUCCAACAAACCUGAAGUUUACUCAGGUGACUCCCACCAGUCUUACUGUCAACUGGAAUGCACCAAACGUUCGCCUCACUGGCUACCGAGUCAGAGUGAACCCCAAAGAAAAGACUGGUCCUAUGAAAGAAAUCAACCUUUCUCCAGACAGUACAUCUGCUGUCGUGUCUGGAUUAAUGGUAGCAACCAAGUAUGAAGUGAGUGUGUAUGCCCUGAAGGACUCUCUGACCAGCCGACCAGCCCAAGGGGUGGUCACCACUCUUGAAAAUGUUAGUCCCCCUCGCAGGGCUCGUGUGACAGAUGCUACUGAGACAACCAUCACCAUAACCUGGAGAACCAAGACUGAGACCAUCACUGGCUUCCAAAUUGAUGCUGUCCCAGUGAGCGGGCAGAACCCCAUUCAAAGGACCAUCAGCCCUGAUGUUAGGACUUACACUAUUACUGGCUUACAGCCUGGCAAUGACUACAAGAUCUACCUUUACACUCUGAAUGAGAAUGCACGCAGUUCCCCAGUAGUGAUUGAUGCCUCCACUGCUAUUGAUGCUCCUUCUAACCUGCGCUUCCUUACAACCACAAGCAACUCCCUCCUGGCUACCUGGCAGCCUCCAAGAGCCAAGAUCACAGGCUACAUCAUCAGAUAUGAGAAACCUGGCUCACCAGCCAAAGAGGUUCUGCCUCGCCCUCGGCCUGGCACUACUGAGGCUACUAUUACUGGUUUGGAACCAGGAACUGAAUACAUCAUUUACAUCAUUGCUGUGAAGAACAAUCAAAAGAGUGAACCACUGGUUGGCAGGAAAAGAACAGAUGAGCUUCCCACAUUGAUUACCAGACCUCACCCCAACCAACCUGACAUUCUGGACGUACCUUCCAUCGAUGAGGGCACCCCUUACCUCACCAACAAUAGGUAUGACAAUGGAAACGGUAUCCAACUCCCAGGCACCUCUGGGCACCCACAGACAAUAGGACACCAGGGCCAACAAGUCUUCUUUGAGGAACAUGGCUACAGACGGCCUGUACCCACUACAGCAACACCCCUAAGGCCGGGGUCAAGGCGGCAACCACCAAAUGUAGAUGAAGCAAUUGAAAUCCCUGGGUACCAAGUGCCCAUCAUAGUUGAACCUUCAUACCCCCACCCCCAUGGGCCCCGGCGCAACGACACCACAGGAGAAGAAGCUCUUUCUCAAACAACCAUCUCUUGGAGGCCGUUGCUGGAGAGUUCUGAAUACAUCAUCUCAUGUCAGCCAGUCAGCCAGGAUGAGGAUACUCUGCAGUUCAGGGUUCCGGGCACUUCUUCUAGUGCUACGCUCACUGGUCUUACAAGAGGGGCCACCUACAACAUCAUAGUGGAAGCCCUGAAAGAUCACCGUAGACAAAAGGUGCUGGAGGAGGUGGUCACAGUUGGCAAUACUGUGUCUGAAGGACUAAACCAGCCAGCUGACGACACCUGCUUUGAUACUUACACUGGCUCCUUCUAUUCCAUUGGCGAGGAAUGGGAGCGGUUAUCUGAAACUGGCUUUAAGCUCUGGUGCCAAUGUUUAGGCUUUGGCAGCGGCCAUUUCAGAUGCGACUCUUCUAAGUGGUGCCAUGAUAAUGGUGUGAACUACAAGAUUGGGGAGAAGUGGGACCGGCAGGGAGAGAACGGGCAGAUGAUGAGCUGCACUUGCCUUGGAAAUGGGAAAGGAGAAUUCAAGUGUGAACCUCAUGAGACCACAUGCUAUGAUGAUGGGAAGAUGUACCAAGUUGGAGAGCAGUGGCAGAAGGAGUACUUUGGGGCCAUCUGUUCCUGCACUUGUUAUGGAGGACAGCAGGGCUGGCGUUGUGACAACUGCCGCAGACCCAGUGUGGAGGUGGCCCCUGAAGGCUCUGCUGGGCACACCUAUACACAGUUUACACAGAGAUACCACCAGGCCACAAACACCAACGUCAACUGCCCCAUUGAGUGUUUCAUGCCCUUAGAUGUACAGGCAGACACACAACAUCCGCGGGGAAAGUAACAUCCAGCAAGACCUCUUGCAGCAAUGACAACAGACAAACCAAAGUCUAAAUCCCUGUCUGCCAGGAUUACCACCAAACUGGAGUGAUGCUAAAGCAAAACUGCAGCUUUGGAGAAUGGCCAAAUGCUCUGGAGCCAUUGUCCCAGCUUAAGCUCAACUCACAGCUUCUCCAAGCGCCACUCUUGGAGUGUUUCAGACUUUUCUCAUGAUUGAUAGCAAUUGUCUUGGUUUUACUCAAAGUGUUGAAUACCAGUCAGUAUUUUCAAAUUUAAAGGAAAUAAAAGGGGGUGAUGCUAAAUCACAAAUUAGGGGGGGAUCAAAAGAUUAAGGGAAAGGGGAGGGUGUAGAAAUUCAAGGUUCCCCUGCUAUGCAAAGAAUAUUUGAGUACAACAUCACUGAAGUUUAGAGAUAGGAAAGUCCAUCAAACACUUCUGCUUUCACAUAAGCGUGCAGCCAGCAAUAAGAUAGGAACAGCAAAUCCAGUCACUGUGAUAUUUAAAAUAUGCACAGUCCUCAUUCUUUCUCCAUGAUCCUAGUAUUUUUCUAGCUGUAUCUUUGUAUCUCAUACUGUUAUUUAUCAGUUUUGUUCCCCUGACCUUCAAGUGUUUUUAUAUGGGAAUGAAAUGUAUUGAAGACACUUAGUAUGCAGUUGACAAAGAGGAAUUUGGUGUAAUUAUGAUCAGUGAUUAUUUUUAUACUGUAAGUGCCAAAGCUUUACUACUGUGGAAAAGAAUAAAAAACAACUCUUUUAAUAAAAAGAUUUACAAACCA